AUGGAAUCCACUCUCACAUUCCAGCUCUUGGAGGUCCGCUUCAACAAGGAGGAUCUGAAGACCCUGACAGAGCAAGAGCUGAAUUGGCUGAUUGCCUCACUUGAGAAAGAAGAACAGCUCUGGGGCACCUUGCAGAUGGAUACCUUCCACUUCAAAUAUGAAGGCUUCACCUACCACUUCCUCCUCAUGCUGGAUGAAGUGAUUGACACCUUACAGCGCUGCUGGGGCCAAUACUUUGGCCUGCUUGAGCGGAUCCGCUACGACUUGGAAGGAUCGUUUCGAGGUAAAAUGGUGGAGGAUUUUUGCCAUUUUCGUGGCAUUGAGCUGAGCUUCGUUCCGGCCGAGCACCACGAGAGCACUGGCGAUGUUGAGAGGAUAAUUGGAGAGUUGAAGAAAAAGAUGAGUCACCACCUCCGCAAGAAGUAG